CAUAUGAGACAUCUGUGGUUUUCCUGUGAACAAGCUCCACAUCUGCAUUUCUAUUGAGACAACAGUUAAUCUUUGUCCCAGUCACUACCACCAUCUUCUGUGAAGUCAGACUAACAGUAUGUAUGUAGCUGUCUAAAAAAUGACAUUGUUCAUCCCUGAUAUGGCUGGUCGUCUGUUUUUGCUCAUCCUCCUUUUCGAUACCUUCCAGUACCUCAAAGCCAAAGAUCCUCCUCAGCCCAGUCUAACAGUGAUUCCUGCAGUCAUCAAAGAGAGAGACUCAGUUCAGCUGAACUGUCAGACUUCUCCAUCUGUCUCUGAGUGUUACUUCAAAAUGGCUGGGCAAGUGGAAUUCACCAUUCCAUCACCCUGUCAACAGACACUCACAGGAACACUACUGGUGAGGUGGACAGGUCAGAGUUCACCAGCUGAGGUCAAAAUACAAUGUCAGUACAGUGCUACAGGUUCACAGUUUAGAUCCAUAUACAGUGAGCCUUCAACAGUCACAAUUCAGGACCUUCCCCAGCUGACAGUGAGUUCUACAGUCAUGAGAGAGACAGAAUCAGUUCAGCUGAGUUGUGAGACUCCUCCAUCUCUCCGUGUGUCUCACUGUUACUUCUACAUAGAGGGGAGGAAGAAUCUUCCAGACUCAUCCUGUACUCAGACACUCACAGGAACAGAGCUGCUCAAGAGGGCAGAUCAAAUGUUUCCAGAUGUGGUCAAAGUGAAGUGUUACUAUGCUGUAGGGAUGUCUCACAUAUCUCCUUCAAGUAACCCUGUCUCAGUCACUGUUCAGGACCCACCUCCUCCCAGGCUGACAGUCAGUUCUACAGUCAUCAGAGAGAAAGACUCAGUUCGGCUGAGCUGUCAGACUCCCCCAUCUGUCUCUGUGUCUCAGUGUUACUUCUACAUAGAGGGGAGAGAUCCUAAACCCUCAACCUGUACGCGAUCACUCACGGGGACUGAGCUGCUCUCGUGGGCAGGUCAAAGUUCAUCAGCUGAGAUCAAACUGAGAUGUUUUUACACUGUAGAAUCUCACUAUCCAUCGAUGCACAGUGGUUCAGUCUCUGUUACUAUUCUUGGUAAGAAAUGA